CGCAAUAUUACAACACAUUUUAUUUUCCUGUUGCCAAAGCUAGGCGAAUGCGGAAGGCUUUCAAGUGAAGCCCGGGAGUAUUGCAAUAUUUUACGAUUGCAGUAAGUCCAAACAAUGCCCAUCCAUAGAUUGACCAAAGGUCUGAAGCCAACCACAACAAAACAUGAAGUACCAUUACUGUACCAUGAACCCCAUGUAGAGACAGGAUUCAGACAUAUACACCAGCCAUGGAGUUACUAUGCUUGUAGCUUAUUUCAAAAACACAAUGAAUGUAUGAAUGUUUGGACACAUUUGAUUGGGGUUCUCCUUACAAUCUCCCGGGUGAUAGGCUUUGCUAUUGAGUUUGGUGUUACAGAUCCAAAGAAAUGGUCACUGUAUGCAGGUCUAUUCACUAUGACCGUGAUGUACAUGUGCAGUACAUUUGCACAUUGUUUCUCGAACAAAUCCGAGCUGGUCCAUUACACAGGAUUUAUGAUUGACUAUGCAGGAAUUGGUCUGUUUGGUUUCGGUAGUGUGAUGCUACAUUACAGUUACUGUAUCAAGAAUAGCAUGAAAGGUGGCAUGAUUGAUACCUAUGCCAUUCCUAUAGGAAUAUUCCUAGGAUGGUUGGUGACAUUCUGUAAUAGUGUCUCAAAGGUCCGUUACACAAGACCUUAUCCCUUUACCAGAAAACUGUGGCAGUUAAUACCAGUGGCCAGUAUUUACACCUUCUUAAUAUUGCCAAUACUACAUAGAAUCUACUUAUAUUUCUUUCUAAAUGAACCAGAUUCUAGUAUACAUGACCAUAUACAGCAGAUAAUUUGGUUCAUGUUUGCCGGGUUUUUCUUUGGAUCAGAUAUACCACAACGAUUCUUCCCAGGGAAGUUUGACUUUUUAGGUCACAGCCACCAGAUUUUUCAUAUAUGUAUACUAUUUGUAACCUUGAAUCAGUUGGAUGCUGUAUAUGUAGAUUUACAUGAAAUGGAUAUGAGUCCAUACCAUGCCACUUUUAUGGGUUCUUUUGGAGCAGUUUUACUAGUCUUACUUGGUAAUAUUAUAAUAGUUUUGGGCUUUCAUAUGUAUGUUAGAUUUAAGAUUUUACCUGAAAGACACCAGCUUCAUCAUAAUGGUAAACAGCAUUAGAUAUACAUGAUAUAGCAAUAUGUAAACUCUGUUUCCUUUACGACAUUAUUUUUUCAUUUCAAUGAAGUACAGUGUGUGAACUGUAGCUUUGUUGGUCCCUUAUUGAUUUACUAAAUGUGCAAUUCAUAAAUAUUCACCAUUCUCUUAUACAUUUUGUUUAGAGCAGUGGAAUGUAUUUGAGGGGAAAUUUUAAGGAGUAACAGGGGAGUUUUCUACAAAUGCCUUUUGUUGAAUAUAUAUUGUUUUUUGUUUCAUUAAUUAUCUUAUUUUUAAAGUUAUUUUUCAUUUUACAUCACAGAAUUCUGAAAUUUCUGUUUACUAUUUCUGUUUUUUUUUCAAUUGUCUUAUAGUUAAAAUAUGUUUUAUCAACUUAAAAAAAGGGAUAAAGACCAAGAGACUAACUAUCUGUCCCAUACUGGAAACUGUAUAUGUUUGUAAUCCUGCUUGAUUGUUUUCUGUCCUUAUGUCAAAAAUAUACAAAUUACAACAAAAAAAAAUAUCUGUCCAACUUCUGGCUGUUCAAAAUUUCCCCGAUACAUGUAUAAGAAACUCAAAUCCAAGUCAAUAUACAAUUUUGUUAUUAUUAUUUUUUUUUAGCUCUUUGAUGAGCAAACAAGGGACCAUUAGAGUUGACGUUCUUCUUCUAGAUGAAUUAUUGUUUUGUUAUUGUUAAAGGUAUGCUUUGUGAUAUGUUUAUUCAUUGUAUUACGUUAUCUUUUAUUGAGAGUACAUUAUAUCAGAAUUUAUUCUCAAAACAAAAUAGUUUUGUAUAAAGGACUAUAACAACUGUACACCACUACACAAAUUCACAUUUUACAAAAUGUGGUUUAAUAAAUUUGAAAAAAUAAAACAAUUUGAAACAAUUAACAAUGUAAAGUAGAAGCAUGUUCAUGAAUUCCCCUUUUCCUGUAGUACUAGACAUUUUAUUGUUUUCCAUCUGUUUAUAAGGAUUAUAAAUCAAUUGAGUUUUUUAAUUAUUUCAACGAUUCACUUGUACAGUUGACUCAUUUUUCAGACAAAACAUAAAUAUGAGCAUAUUGUAUAUUUGCAAUGUAUAAAGUAUUGUAAUGUUAUUUUUACUGUCAAGCUUUUUGAACCACUGUUUUUCCUUUAAAAAAGUAGGUUUACAAACAGAUGAAAUAGAUUUGGAUUUUUUUUUUAUCUUGUCAAAAUUCUACAAAUUUUACUAAGAAAAAGUUGUUACAUGUAAUUAAGGAUUAUGAAAAACUUACUUUUUUCUUCCCCAUCAUAUUAUGAAUUAUGACGUUUUGCAUUAUUUUUGUUGUAAAUGGAUUCAGUGAAAAUCUUUAAUUGCUUUUGGUACAAAACAGUUUAAAUGGUAGAUUGCAUGUUUUAAUUGUGUUACUCAGCCAUUAUUUGCAAUACAUGUAGUCAAAAUUUCAUUAUAAAUUCAAAAUUUUUUGCAGUUAAAAUGUCCAGACAUUAAUUGAAAACUCUUCAAAAGUUUCAUUGUUAAUCACUGUUAUAUCAAGGAAAUGCUUACACUUAAAUGUCAUAAUGUCAUUCAUGGUACCUUAUUUUACCACCGUCUUAUACUUGUUAUAGUUUUGGGUCCAAUGUAUAUAUAUGAUCAGAAUAGCAAGACUGUUGGUCAUAACUUAAAAUGGAAGAAAUGUUAACCCACCUUCUCUUUUCUAUAAAUAUUUAUUGUUGAUUUUUAUAGAGUUUUAUUUAAUUAUUUAUUUAUUGAUAUUGUUAAGCCAGUCAGUCUAUGUUAUUGUUAAGCCAGUCAAUCUACUGUGGAUUCUUUUAUUUUAGUGGGUAUCAAUUUUGGCGGAUGGAUGAAAACUUACAUUUUCCUUGAUAUUUGAUUUUGUGGUUUAGCCAAUCUCUGUAUACAAGGCCUAUCUUAAAUAUGUAUUUCUUUGAACAUUUGAAUUCCUGGUUCAUCUGUACCCACGAAACCCACAAAAAUUGGUAUAUUACGAAUAAUAAUGAUUCCACAGUUUGUUAUUCCUAUAGACUGGCAGGACCAGUUUUGUUUUUCAUGCUUACUAUAACACAUUAUGAUCUUUAUGUUUUGUAUUUAUUUUGCUAUCAUCAUUGACAGUGAACAAUAUUACAGGUACAUUUUAGAUGUUUAUUUAGAACUUUAUGCACAUGAACAAAUUAUAUAGUUGUCUCAUAGGCAAUCAAUCAUUCCUCGUCUCUUUAUUUAUUUAUUUUUGUAAAACAAGGGUUUAUUUCUCAGGAAUAUUUUAUUUUUAUGAUAGAGAAAUGAACUGUGUUCAAAUUGUAUCUGUUAAAAUUGGUAGUUUGCAUAUAUAUUGAAGUCAUUUACCAGCCUGAAUUUACAAUAACUUGGAUGGCAAGGAAUUCAGAUAAUUACACAACAUCUUUAAUGUAUGGAAUAUUAAAAAAUGCCAAAAAAUUGGCAAAUAAAUAGAUGCAAUGCAUUGAAUAACAGUAAAAACUUUUGUAUGAGACAUCAUCUAAGAUAACUAACAUAAUCUAAAGACACCUUUCAUUGCCAUAUCAGCAGUAUUGAUUGGGGUUCUUGAAGAAAGCUCAUUUAACUAAUUUGAAUACUGAAACGAUGCACCCUAUAAUCCUCUCUCACACUGCAUUCAAGUCCUGGCGAUUUUUGCCAACUUAUAGUACUGUUAGUACUGUUAUAGUACUGCUCAUCUAUUAAUUUUUUUCAUGGUUCAGUGGAUACACAUUGUUUGUAAAGUACUCUUACAAUUUACCAAAUAUAGACAUGAUGCAAUAGUUGACAAAUGUUUAAAUUGUGUCAUGUCUUUAAAUGAAAUCCAUCAUAUAUUAUUUGUUUAAUUGUUUACUAAUAUUUUGUAAGGAUAGUUUAUGCUUAACCCAAGACUUACUUUUAUUUAUAUACAUGUAAAAUUUUGUAUAUACAUUUUAUUUACAUGUAUAUUAUUGUAUAACCUUUAUUUAUAUAUGAACAAGCAUUCAAGUAUUUAUUCUUACUUUAAACAUGUUAAACUGAAUGAAUUUUAUUUCCCAGCGUAUCUCAUGAAUGUAAACUUUGGUUUUUCCGUUUGAAUGGUUUUACACUAGUAAUUUUGAGGCCCUUUAUAAGUUUAUAGCUUGUUGUUCUGUGUGAGCCAAGGCUCAGUGCUGAAGGCCGUACAUUGACCUUUAAUGGUUUACUUUUUUAAAUUGUUAUUUGGAUGGAGAGUUGUCUCAUUGGCACUCACACCACAUCUUCCUAUAUCUAUUUGUAUAGAUAUUUUGUUUUUUCCUGAUGAACUCUGAAGAAAAGAAUUUACCUAAGUAAACAAUUCUCAGUACUUAUAUUGUAAACAUUUCUUGAAAUGUAAUUAAAGUAACAUAGAUUUUACAGUUGUCAGAAAGCCACUUUGAAGUCAUUUUCAUUUUGCAAUCUAAGGUUUUCAUACAUGUACAUGUGUCAUUGUUAAAGCAAUUAUGGACCAUGACUCCUAAAUGGCAGGAACAAUCUUUGUUUUUUCAUCAAUCUGAAAAAAUGGAAUGCAACCAAAAUUUUUUUCGUCAAUAACAACAUAUUAAGAUUUGAUAGGCAUUGGUUGAAUGGUAUUGCAAGGAAAUGACAUAUAAAAGUGCACUUUCUUAUUAUUUUCUAAUCAAUCAAGAACCAUAACUCUGUAAACUUAGGGAAACUUGAGGAAAACUGGAUCAUGAUAUGUGUUUUCUAUGUGACCAAAGCUCUUAAUAGGGUUUUUGAAUUACAACAAAUAAUAAUCAGUUUAAAAAUGUCAAAUUUGUAUGAUUUUUUAGUUUUGAAAUAAUUCUCAAAUGUAACUAUUGUACCUGAAUAUCUUCAUAUAAUUACAUGUACAUUAAUAGUACAAAAUCUAAUGCACCAGAUGUGCAGUCAUAAUGUGGAAGUAGAAAAAAAUAAUUACCCAGACAUACACCUUAUAUUUAUGUUAAAAUGACAUUUUAGUGUAACCUUUGUGUUCAUAUCAAAGUGCAUAAUCAGAGAACUUUUUUUUAUUUGUCAAAAUAUUACAAGAUCUUAGUAAUACAUAUCUAGGUCCCUUUUUGAUACAAAAGGGGUCUAUCUUUGACAUGGUUCUUUGUAAUUAAGGGUCCCAAAACAAAGACUUGAUUAAGUUUGUCAACUAGAUCAACAAUUUUGUUUAAAUGGUACACAAACAAUAUUUGAUUAUGUACUAUCAUAGUCCACAAAACUUUCUUAAACCAUUUAAACCUUUAAAAGCCCAGUGGUAAUUUUAUCUUCAAUGCUUGGAAUUGGUUUUUUGAAGAGCAAAACACAUCUUCAGUGUCAUCAAUGAACAUCACAGAAUAUGAAGCUUGUUUAUACUUACUUAACUGUUUAAUGUAUUGAAUUUGAUGUUAUGUAUGCUACAUGUAGUAUCAUCAACACAUAAAGUGAUCCAUCGAACAUUAUACAUAAGAUGAAUUGCUCUACUAAUAAAAUCCUAUUUAAUGGUUUUUUUUUAUGUACAAAGACAGAAAAAAUUAAUUGAUUUGUUUUCUCAUCACUUUUAUUUCAUUGUAUAGUUGUCAUUGUUAUUCUCUUAACAUUACUCUGUGGGUCUUUUUUUUCUACAAAAGUACCAUAUUUUCUACAAAAUUACCAUAUUUUCUACAAAAGUACCGUAAUUAAUACGGGGCAGAUCCAACCAUUUUAAAAAGAGGGUUCCAACCCAAGAUAA